AUGCCAUUCGAACCCGAUGCCAGCGUGGGUCAGGGUCAGCCGCAACCGCCACCUUCCUCGGAAGCUCAUGAGGAGCUCGUCGACUCGAUGGCGAGAGUCGACAUCUCGGCUGCUGCGCCGUCCAUCGUCAGAGUGACCCCGUCCGCUACGAUUGCCGACAACGAUGGCGACGCCACUAGGACGACCGCCAGUAGCUCCGUCGGCGAGCAGAGACCCGCGCAGCCUUCCUUUCCGACAGCCAACGACAGGGCCAUCGUCGACGACGACGAUGACGAAUCGCAGAGGCACUGCCGCUUCGUCCUGCUGGCCGAGUUCGACAUCGACAAGGGCUCGACCCUGUCGCACCAGUACCCCGCACCCACUGGCUACAACGAACACAUGCUCGCCGAGCUCAUGCUUCCCGAUGGCGCCCAUGCCCGCGUCGAGGACUGGACCGUCUUCUUCCUCAAGCCGCAUCAGACCAUGGACGCGUCAAAGGCCGAGCAGGUCGGAAGCGCUGCUGGUUCCCGCGGCCCUUCUAUGGAUAGCCAGCACAGGAACGACUCUGCCAAGCCGCGCAAGGACGCAGACUGGUCGUCGGAUGGCCUGACGUACGUCAUCAACCUGGUGCGCACCAAGCACGACAGCUCGGUGAGGCGCGGCGCUCUCGUCAAGUCGAUGGCCAUCGGCACGCGCCAUCCGUACAUCGACAUCUUCAAACCGGUCCUGCUCCUCGCGCUCGACGACUACUUCAAGAACCCGGGUACCGACUGCCUCGCACGCCUCUACGAUGCCGUCAACCAGCUCGACCUCUCGUCGGCGCCCAUCUUCAGCCGCCCCGAGAAGCUGAUUCUCCGCGCAUCUGAUCGGCGCGACCUCUUCCAAGAACGCUUCCUCGCCGACGAGGACAGGGACGGGCAGGCCGACGAGGCGUCGUCGGCGGUGGACAGGAGCCGUUCGCGGGCCGAUAGCGGCAGCACGCUGUCCGAGGAUGCACGCUCGCUCAAGAAGAAGCACAGCGCGUCCUCGCUGCGGCCCAUCCAGAUGAGCACGCGGCGAGGCUCAUCAGCGACGUCGCUCGUCGACCGCCGGCCGAGCCAGCCCAGCCCGCUGCCCGGCAAGGGCCGGCCCCGCGAUACCCACUUCUACGAUACCACACUGGGCUACCGCCAGAUCCUGCUGCCGAUACGCGUGCCGCUCGCCAUCUUUCCCGAAGAGGUGGGCGAGUACUCGCUCAUCAAGCUCAUCCAGACCUUCUCGGGUCCGCAGUCGACGCCCCUCGGCCCGCUGCAUCCGCACCUCCACAGCAACGGCCACAUGACCCACCCCAUCAUCCUGCUCUUCAACGCUCUGGUGACCCAGAAACGCGUCGUCUUCCUCGGCCACGGUCAGCCGGCGAACCUGGUGGCGAGCUACGUCCUUGCCGCCUGCGCGCUCGGCAGCGGCUGCGGGGCCGUCUUCCGCGGUUUCGCGUCGCGCGCCUUCCCCUACACCAACCUCAUGAACCUCGACGAGCUCGAGACGGUGCCGGGUUACAUCGCCGGCGUCACAAAUCCGCGGUUCGAGGACCUCCACGCGUGGGACGUGCUGCUCAACGUGGAGACCGGCAAGAUCCAGGUGUCCAAGGACCUGGCCGGCUCGGCCGCCGCGGUGGCGUCUUCGGCGGCAGCAACGAUGCCGGCGCGCUCGCAGAUGACGCGGGAUACGUUCUCGAGCAACAGCAUCAGCUCGCUAGCCGGAAAUGCCAGCCUGGGCUACGAGUCGAGCAGCAAGGCGUCGAGCGAGUUUGACCCGGCCCAGUUUGGCGCGCUGCCCCAGCCGCCUCCACCGCCGGCGUCGUCGGCGUCGUCGAUCCGGACGGGUGCGUCUGGCCGCGAUCGGUCAGGCACAAUCUACGACCACCGCAUCGACUCGCCCAACACGCUCUUCAUGGAAGACAUCAGCUCGGCCAUCCAGGCGCACUACGGCGAGCGCUACAUCCGGUCGCGCAUCACCGACUUUGUGUCCGCGUUCGCCAAGUGCGUCUCGCGGCACGAGGAGCACUUUUACGGCCACACCAAGCUGGGCCCCAACAGCCAGCCGUUCCUCAACGGCCAGCUCGGCAGCGGACCGGUGUUUUUAGACCGCGACGCCGAGAUGCGCGAGAUCCAGGUCAAUCAGCUUCGCGUCGAGGGCUUCCGGGCAUCGAUCCCGUACCGGCUGCUUCUGCAGGACGAGCUGGAGGCUAGCGCGCAGCCGCCUCUGCUCAGCUUCGACCUCUCGCAUCAGAUCGGACGCCUGAGGCGGGCGCGCCACCUGCUGCCCGGCGAGUCGGAGCGCAUCCUGCUCACCAUUGCCACGUCGGUCGUGACCGACGAGCAAAUCGUCGAGCUGCUCUCGCUGGUGCCGCUGCACGCUGGUGGGCUGCUGCCGCUGGGCUUCGGCCUUUUCCAUCCGAGCCUGAGCGUGCGCGGCGCCAUGGUCGACUUCUUCCUGCGGCUCUCGUCCCACCCGGUCGGCAAGAAGUUUGUUCAAAGCCUCAACACGUACCAGCGCCUUGCGUUUGCUCGACUGGCCAACGACCGGCUGUCGCUGGCCGAGCACGGGCACGACGGCACCGGCGGCAGCGCCAGGUCGGACGAUGCAGAAAGAAUGGCCCAGGGCGAGGCGAGGGACCCGGAAGGCGAACCCGGGUCGGCCACGGCCGAUGACGAGAUGGACCGGAAGAGGUCCUCGCAGGUCCAGGCGCAAGGCUACCAUCCGUUCCGAGUGUUCAGUCCCGGCCCAGCGGCGGCGGCUGACGAUGGCGACGACGAGGUCGCGGUGAUGUAG